AUGGCGGAUUCGGACCUCUACCAACUCGAAUUCCUCUCACUCAUUAACAAAAUCACCCAAGAGCUCGACAAUCAUGUUGGUGUCAAUGACAAAACUGUUGCCGAGUUUAUAGUCGCUCUACAUGAAAGUUCGGGAAAAAGUCUGGCUAACUUCAAGGCGAAGUUACAGGAAAAUGGACUCUCACCCCCUGACUCUUUCGUCGAAACUGUAGACCGCCUUAUCCUAACUUUGCACCCUAAAUACAAGAAGCGCCAGGUGAACAAGUCUGCUAAAGCUAAAGGAAAAGCAAAGGCAAAUGACGACGAGGUGUCGGACCUCGAGCUCAAAAGGCGCAUGUUUCCUGGACUAGCUAUGAAGGAUAAGGAGGUCCCACCCGCAGUAUCUGAGGAUGACUUCUUGAAGGAGCUUGGUGAUCUGGUAGCAGGAAAGAAAAGAGCUGCGUCGCCUAACAUGGAUGCCUCACCGAAACGAAGAAGACCAGACUUGUCACCACCACGUCGAGGUCGUAGUCGAAGUCCACGCCGUGGAGAUGGAAGGGUCAAUGAUAACUUUGGAGAUGGAAGGGAUGCAAGAUAUGGGGAUGGCAGAAGCGAUAGAAAUGGCUAUAGAAAUGGAGGCCGCCGUCAACUCGAUGAAAGACCCGUUCUUUUCAAAAUCUAUGAUGGAAAGGUAUCGUCUCUGAAAGAAUUUGGCGCUUUUGUGACACUGGAAGGCGUCGCGGGUCGAGUAGAAGGUAUGGUCCACGUCUCUAAUAUACAAGUUGGGGCCAGAGCCAAUUCUGCUGCCGACUUACUGAGUCGAGGACAGCAUGUUAAAGUGAAGGUCAUGAGCGUUGCGGGUAACCGUAUUGGGUUAUCUAUGAAGGACGUUGACCAAGCUACUGGCAAAGAUUUAACUCCCCACCUACGCAUCAAGUCGGAAGCUGAGAUGGAAGAAGAGCGCAUCCGGGCGGAACGCGCUGCCUCAUCUGGUGCCAACGCAGUACCAUUACGCUCCAAAGAAGAUAGUGCUCCUGUCCGAUCUGCAAAGCGCUUAACGUCUCCUGAACGAUGGGAAAUUAAGCAACUCAUUGCUUCCGGCGCUAUUGAUGCCUCAGAAUAUCCCGAUCUGGAUGAAGAAUACAACAACCCGAUGGCACAUGCUGAAAUAGAGGAAGAGCUAGACGUGGAGAUUCGCGAGGAUGAGCCGCCCUUCCUUGCUGGCCAAACGAAGCGGACUCUGGAUCUUAGUCCUGUUAAAAUUGUCAAGGCUCCAGAUGGAUCACUUAACAGGGCUGCACUUGCAGGCGCUUCAUUGGCAAAGGAGCGACGAGAAUUGAGGCAGCAAGAGGCCAACGAAGAGGCUGAUUCACAAGCACGGGAUUUCAGUCAACCUUGGCUUGAUCCUAUGUCCAAAGACAGUGACAAAAUUUUUGCCCAAGAUCUACGGGGCAACCUGAAAGGACAAAAGGCAGGAGACGUCCCGGCGUGGAAAGAGUCAAGUUUCAACAAAACUACGACAUUCGGGCAGAUUACCAAUCUCAGUAUACAAGAUCAACGAAAAAGCCUUCCUAUCUACAAACUCCGCGAACCAUUACUCAAAGCUAUCGAAGAGCAUCAAGUUCUUAUAGUCGUCGGCGACACUGGAUCAGGGAAAACAACGCAGAUGGUACAAUAUCUAGCAGAAUCAGGUUAUGCUGACCGAGGGCGCAUUGGUUGCACACAACCCCGACGUGUAGCAGCUAUGUCUGUGGCUAAACGUGUCUCGGAAGAAGUUGGAUGCAGACUUGGUCAAGAGGUCGGGUAUACAAUCCGUUUCGAGGAUUGCACAAGCCCCGAAACGCGAAUCAAAUACAUGACGGAUGGUAUGUUGCAGCGCGAGUGCCUAAUUGACCCUCUGUGUAGCAGCUACUCUGUUAUCAUGUUGGACGAAGCUCAUGAACGGACAAUUGCUACCGACGUUUUGUUCGGUCUUUUGAAGAAGGCUGUAAAGCGACGCCCUGAUCUUAAACUCAUUGUUACAUCUGCAACUCUUGACGCCGAAAAGUUCUCAAAAUACUUCUUUGGUUGUCCCAUCUUCACGAUCCCUGGUCGAACAUAUCCUGUUGAGAUUCUAUACACCAAGGAGCCUGAAACCGAUUACUUGGAUGCGUCUCUCAUCACCGUUAUGCAAAUUCAUUUAUCAGAACCUCCAGGUGAUAUUCUUCUUUUCUUGACAGGUCAAGAGGAAAUCGACACAUCCUGCGAGAUCCUCUUCGAGCGUAUGAAGGCAUUAGGCCCUAAAGUUCCAGAGCUUAUUAUCCUUCCCAUUUAUUCCGCCCUUCCGUCCGAAGUGCAAUCGCGAGUGUUUGAGCCCACACCCCCUGGUGCCCGUAAAGUCGUCAUUGCCACGAACGUUGCCGAGACUAGUUUGACGAUUCCAGGUAUCUAUUAUGUCAUCGACCCAGGUUUCUCAAAGCAAAACGCCUAUGACCCUCGAUUGGGAAUGGACUCACUGGUGGUCAUGCCCAUCUCGCAAGCUCAAGCCCGACAACGUUCGGGUCGUGCAGGACGUACAGGCCCUGGAAAAUGUUACCGCCUCUACACAGAAGCCGCUUACAGAAACGAAAUGUUGCCCAACUCCAUUCCCGAUAUACAGCGUACUAAUCUCGCGGCUACGAUUCUACAAUUGAAAGCCAUGGGCAUCAAUGACUUGCUCAGUUUCGAUUUUAUGGAUCCUCCUCCUGCGCAGACAAUGUUAACAGCGCUCGAAUCUCUUUACGCGCUGUCCGCUCUGGAUGACGAGGGUUUGCUAACGAAACUAGGGCGCAAGAUGGCAGAUUUCCCUAUGGACCCCCCAAUGGCAAAGAUGUUGAUUGCGUCCGUUGAAUUGGGAUGUUCAGAGGAGAUAUUGUCUGUUGUAGCGAUGCUAUCCGUCCAAUCUGUAUUUUAUAGACCGAAGGAAAAACAAGGACAAGCUGACUCAAAGAAGGCCAAGUUCCAUCAGCCUGAAGGAGACCACUUGACACUGUUGACGGUAUAUAAUGGAUGGAAGGCAGCCAAUUUCUCAAAUCCGUGGUGUUAUGAAAACUUCAUCCAGGCCAGAAGUAUGCGAAGGGCGCAGGAUGUGCGCAAACAAUUGUUGGGUAUUAUGGACCGAUAUAAACAUGACAUACUUUCUUCUGGAAGAGAUUAUAACCUUGUACGUAAAGCUAUCUGCUCUGGAUAUUUCAGGAACGCGGCCAAAAAAGACCCUCAAGAGGGUUACAAGACGCUUGUCGAGGGAACACCGGUUUAUAUCCAUCCAUCAUCGGCAUUGUUCAACCGUAACCCGGAAUGGCUCGUGUACCACGAAUUAGUUCUGACGACUCGCGAGUAUUGUCAUAACGUCACAGCUGUCGAACCCAAAUGGCUCGUGGAGGUGGCACCUCAGUUCUUCAAGGUCGCUGACGCCAACAAGAUCAGUAAACGGAAGAGACAGGAGAAGAUCGAGCCGUUGUACAACAAGUACGAGAAGCCGGACGAGUGGCGGUUGUCCAAGAUCAAGAGGAGUGCGCGCUCGAGUCAAACGUUUGGUUAA